GAGCAAAGCCUGACACAGUCAAAGUCUCAUUGUAGAUACAGACCAGACCUGACAGCAGUCUUGACAGUGUCAAGAGGUUUCAGCAACACUUUAUAGUGUUCUCACAGAACCGGCAGGAAGUGGCACGCAAAACAGUGGAGCCACAAGCUAAGAGCUAGGGAAUCCAGAAGAGACAGAAGCAGCAACGAGAAAGCUGAAAUACUUGACUCAACAGAGACUGAAAGAGCCAAACAUGGCCAAAAUCACAGCAGAAGAAACGCCACGGCUUUUCCCACGAUUGUCAAUAAAUGAGGUGGAUGAGAAGGUACGUCGGUUGGCAGAGAAGGUGUACGCCUCUGCCCUGAAAGAGGAAGACAACAAGAAUGUUAUGGCACUGUUCACCGUGCCCGAGGACUGUCCCAUCGGUCUGCAUGAGGACAAGCAGCGGGCACUGAGAAAGGAGCUGGCUGAGGAGCAUUCUCAGGAGACUGCUAAAAAGAAGAAGAGUUUCAUGUUGAAGCGUUCACAGUCGUUAUCGCUGAACUCACCUGCCAGCUGUGACUGGCCCCUGUCUGUGGUUUCCCCAGUACUCCCCCCAACAUCACCUGAGCCCAGUCUCCCAGAGAGCUUUCCAGAAUUCCAGAGAGUAACCAUCAGUGGAGAUUACUGUGCAGGGAUCACAGUUGACGAUUAUGAGCAGGCAGCCCAGACUCUCCUUAAGGCACUAUUCAUCAGAGAGAAAUACUCCAAACUGAUCUACCAUCACUUCCCCAGGACCACUGCCCGCUUUCUUCGCAAUGCUGAAAAUGAGAAGUGGCAGGAGGAGGAUGAGGUCUUGCCAAACAUUUGGCCUUGCCCUCGCGAAGGGGAGGACCCAUACUCCAUGGAGGGUAUUCCUGAGGACCUGAACUAUGAGCUGCAGAUAAAGGAUGGAAUAAUUCAUGUUUACAACAAUGCAGAGGCCCUGAAACAACAGCAGCCUCGCAGCCUCCCUUACCCAGACCUUGAGACCUUUGCCAUAGACCUGAGCCAGGUCCUCGCAAUGAUAGCUGACGGCCCAACGAAAACCUACUGUCACAGGCGGUUGAACUUCCUGUCCUCUAAGUUCUACCUUCAUGAAAUGAUGAAUGAAAUGGCUGAGACAAAAGAGCUGAAAUCCGUUCCACACAGAGACUUCUACAAUGUCAGAAAGGUGGACACACAUAUACACGCUGCUGCUUGCAUGAACCAGAAGCAUCUGCUGAAAUUUAUAAAGACCACAUACCAGACAGAGGCAGAUCGUGUGGUCAUGGAGAAGGGCGGUCAGAAGCUCACACUCAAGGAAGUCUUCAAAAACCUAAAGAUGGACCCCUACGACCUCACCGUAGACUCUCUGGACGUGCACGCUGGAAGACAAACAUUUCAUCGGUUUGACAAGUUCAACUCAAAAUACAACCCUGUGGGAGCCAGCGAACUGCGAGAGAUUUACUUGAAAACAGACAACUACAUCAAUGGAGAAUACUUUGCCCGUCUCAUCAAGGAAGUGGCCAAAGAUCUGGAGGAGAGUAAGUACCAACACGCUGAGCCACGUUUUUCGAUUUACGGCCGCUCUGCCAGCGAGUGGAAGAACCUUGCAUCCUGGUUCAUCCAACAUAAGAUGCACUCACCGAACAUGAGAUGGAUGAUCCAAAUUCCCAGGAUCUAUGAUAUUUUCAAGUUGAAGAAACUACUUCCACACUAUUCCAAGAUGCUGGAGAACAUUUUCCUCCCCCUCUUUGAGGCUACAGUCAAUCCGCAAAAGCACAAAACAAUGCAUGUAUUCUUGAAAUAUGUCACAGGAUUUGACAGCGUGGAUGACGAGUCCAAACACAGCGACCACUUGUUCUCUUACAAAAGCCCAAAGCCAGAGGAAUGGACAAUAGAUGAGAACCCUCCCUACACCUACUACCUGUUCUACAUGUAUGCCAACAUCAUGGUGCUCAACAACUUGCGCAAGGAGAGAGGACUGAACACCUUUCAGUUUCGUCCCCAUUGCGGCGAGGCCGGCUCCAUCACCCACCUGGUUUCCGCCUUCCUCACUGCUGACAACAUCUCCCAUGGACUCAACCUCAAGAAGAGUCCAGUGUUGCAGUACCUGUACUACCUGGCCCAGGUCCCGAUCGCCAUGUCCCCACUGAGCAACAACAGCCUGUUCCUGGAGUACUCAAAGAACCCUCUACGAGAGUUUCUACAGAAGGGCCUGUGUGUGUCACUGUCCACUGACGACCCCAUGCAGUUUCACUACACCAAGGAGCCCUUGAUGGAGGAGUACGCCAUCGCAGCCCAGCUGUGGAAGUUGAGCACCUGUGAUCUGUGUGAGAUAGCCAGAAACAGUGUACUGCAGAGCGGACUCUCACAUGAGGAGAAGAAACACUUCAUUGGUCCCAACUACCUACAGCAUGGACCGGAGGGCAACGACAUUCGGCGAACAAAUGUGGCCCAAAUCCGCAUGGCCUACCGCCAUGAGACACUGUGCAAUGAGCUCAGUUUUCUGAGCUCAGUGGAUGCAGUGAAGACAGGUGCUGGAGCUAGCUCAAAUGAGUAAUUGACCAUGGCACAAAUUGUGCCUGAAUAUGUCCUCAGGGAUGAACAGGCAUAGGGUAGGCAGCACAUGCGUUUUUUUAAAAAAAAAAAAACAUUCUUACAAAACAUCCUGACCAAGAUUUGAAAUAAAGGGGUUCUUACAUUGUUGACAUUGGUGCAGAAAUAUGGGGUGGUGUACUUCAUAUAGCAUGAUAAAAACUUAAUUUUUAGACCAUUUUUAAUGUCAUGAACUUUGUCAAUCACUGUGUGCUUAGUUUUAUUGAGAUUUAUUUUAUUUUGAAGGGUGUGACUUGUGCUUGUGUAUUUAGAUGUAUGAAAAGGCGCCACAAAGCCUGACUUACACGUGCAGAAGCAGAAUAUAAAAUGAUUUUCUCUGAGGUUUUUUUUAUAAUUGCAAGGUUGGAAUGUCUGGUGAUUAUUUUUUCCUCCUGUCACUUACAUAUAUGCAUGUCACAAAGGCCUUUAUCUGGACUAUAGAUAGGUGAAGAGUAAAAUAAAUAAAAUUACUAAAAAGGUUACAGAUUUGCCUUUUUGCACUGUACCAUUGCAACAGAAGUGAAUGAGACGCCAGGCAAAUAUUUACGACAGGUGCAAGUGUUAGCAAGCAUUAAAACUAGAUUUGUGGUGCAAUCAGUAUCACAACUGUGAAAAGAACAACUGAUUUAAUUUGUUAUUUCUCAGUUUUAUGUAAAUAAAGGCCAUAAUGUUGUUGCA